AUGAAAAUCAAGAAAUCACCACCUAAGAAAUUGGCCGUACAAACACCGCCACUCAAAAAUCUUACACAAAGACUAAAUGAAUGUCAUGAAGAUGAAAUACCUGAUAUAGUGGACUCUAUUCAAGAAUGGAGUUAUCCACGAGGAGAUUUAUUUCAUUGGAUUGGAGUUUUAAAUAGAUUUGAUACUAUUCUCGAAAACAUUUGUCAAAAUUAUAAACUUAAAAAAUUACAACAAACUAAUUUUUCAGAAGGAACGCGCAAAGUUCUUAUAGCAAUCUUAAAAUUUUCGCGAACGUUAUUAGAAAAUUGUACGAAUAGGAAUUUAUACAGCUCUUAUGAGCAUCUCAAUGACCUAUUAUAUACAAGUGAUCUAGGUGUAUUGGAAGUGUUAUUACGCUUAAUUCUUCGACCUGCACAAAGACUUAGUAACCAACGAGCUAUUCGACCAAAUUUCACAAUUUCACAUGAACGUAUUUUAGCUCUAGCUCACAGCUGGGGAACAAAAGAAUUUGAUAUCGAAAUGGUUCAACUUGCAUCUGAUGAUUUGACAAUUCCUGAAGAAUUAAAUGUAUUGAACUUCCAAUUUUAUCGUCAUCUAACUCCAUUGGAAGCUGAUCACACUACUACAAAUUCUGGUGGAACAAAGUCUGGAGAGGGGUUUACCGUGAUUUCUGUGAAUAACAUUAAUCAAUAUGGAGAGACUGAUAUGGAAAUUUUGAACAAUAUUGUCCAGGAAAAUGAAAUUCCGGAGGAGUUCCAUUUUGCUCUUUUAAAUAGAAUUCGAAUUGUAACCAAUAUCAUAUCAACAAAGUCUAGACAAAGACUUUUAAUAAUAAGAAUUCUUGCAAUUGCUAUUAUGGCAUAUGUAAUCCCAGAACACGUUGUUCAAUCAAAAUUAUUUUUAUAUGAACCUGAUAUUGUCGCGAAUCUUGCUGAAUUAGUUCAUCCCGAUCGAAAUGUUCCAUUCGAAAUCCAAACCGUUGCAUUUUAUGCUUUGGAUGGAAUUAGCAGAUAUCGAUCUAAGCUUGGUGAAGUACUAACAGCUAUUAAUGCCUCGGCUAAUCAUGGCAUUCUUCUUUACGUACUGAGACGAGUUAUUGCUGAUUUAGACCGUGACCAUCAAUAUUAUGACGCACUAUUCGCCUUGAUAUCUUAUAUUAUUACCACACAAACUGGUGGAUCUAUGGUGAUAUCGGCGGGAAUAGUUCCAACGCUCUUACAAUUGAUAAACAACAAACGUUCGACACAAUUAAAAAAUGUAACAAAAGCUGUCGGCCUCUUGGAUAGUCUCGUUUACGGAUUCAAUACAUCAUUUGCCUCAUUUUGCAAUGCGAAUGGUGUCCGCAUAUUAGUAGACAGAAUUAAGGAUGAAGUUGAUAAUGGAGUACAACUCACGAAAUCUUCUCGCGGUGAUCAAAUGGAAGACGUCACAAUUGCAAGUUCUUCUUCAAGUGCUGAACCAUCAUCCUUAAAGGUCGAGUCUGCUGCUUCUAACACCGAAGAAGAGUCACUUCCAUACGAACGAACUUCUUUGUCAAAAUCGAUGUUUAAGUUCGUAUUACACAUGAUGCAAGCCUCUGGUACAGCGGAUGGUUUGCGUAAUCUUAUUGAUACUACUUUGCCUGAUUCUCUAAAAAAAGUUUUCGAAUUACCAAAUGUUUUCGGUGGCAGCAUAUUUGCUCUUGCAAGUAAUUUGUUUGCGACAUUCAUUCAUAAUGAGCCAACCUCGCUUCCGAUUAUGCAAGAAGCCCAACUUCCACAAACUUUCUUAAAUUCCAUCUGCAAAGAAAUUCCGGCAUCAGUAGAUGUCAUUCAAUCUAUCCCAAAUGCAUUUGGAGCUAUUUGUUUAAAUUCACAAGGAUUAGAAAUUCUUAAAGAGAAGAAUCCGAUAGAUAAAUUUUUCACAAUUUUUACAUCAACUGAACAUUUACGCGCACUUCAAGAUGGAGAUGUCGCAUCUGUUUUAGGAACUAACAUUGAUGAAUUGAUGAGACAUCAUCCUCCUCUAAAACCAAGUAUCAUGAAUGCAAUAAUGACAACUCUUCAGCAUAUUAUUGAAGCUGGGUCAUCUUAUAAAGACGAUGCUGGCAAGUUAUAUGUUGAUGUAGACGAUGAUCAACCAAUAAACAUGGAAACGCUUGGAGAAGGAUCAACCGACACAACUAUGACUGAUUCAGACGCUCCAAAAUCUGAAGAGAAAAAGGAAAAUACAGUAGUUGCGUUUAUUGAAAUUGCAGCAAGGUUUUUGGAAGGUCUAUUUCAGACUCAAAGUCACUGCAAAGAAUUUCUCCGACAGGAUAGUGGUUUACAAAUGAUCCUCAAAUUCUAUGCCUUACCCGCUGUUCCCUACGAUUUUGCAAGUUCUCAAGCCUCUUAUUCUUUAUCACACUUAAUGCGUGUUAUUGCCGAUGUUGAUCCAAAACGAAGCAUAACUGCAAUUAUCGGAGCUCUUCUCGAAGGGCUUAAAAAAACGAAAGGUUUCUAUGAAUAUAAAGGCGAAGGCGGACUUCUUACACAAUAUAUCGAUUUAAAAGCUAAAGAUAUAGCCGAAGUCGAAAAAGCGGAGGUUAUAUUUAGGGGUUUAAUUUCUCUUCACGGAUAUAUUGGGUUGCUGUCAGAUGUUUAUUGUACCCCAGUUUUUUCUCAUGGAAAGAGUGCAUCAUCAGUUAUAGAAGCCUUCGUUGGUGCCGACAAUAUUGUUCUACCAUCACUUGGUGAAUUGCAUCGUGCUUGUGUAUGGGAAAAUGUUAUUCUGAAAUCUACCGUUCCCAAAGCAUGGUAUAGCACCCCAGCUAAGACAAAAAAGCCUCUUAUUCCAGAAGUUCCAUCACAUGCCGUAUUAUCAUUACUUGAUGAAAUUGAAAAAGAUGUUACUGACACAAACGAACCUCCAGUCGAUCAAAAUAAUCCCAAAGUUAAAAAUGCCAAAUAUUUCAAAUUCCUCGUAUCUCAAAUACCCGCAGUUAUAACUCCACUGUUUCAAGGUUUGGCUAAGAUGUUGUUCUCUCGAAAAGCGCCAGAUACUUCACAAAGAAAACAAGCAUUUAAAGUUUCGGACGCAAUUGCUGAAGUUUUACGUGAUCAUCUUAUGUGGGAUCGUUACAAUAUGGACAGUGAAUCUGAUUCAACCAAUAAAUAUAGUUAUCUUACAGUGAUGCUCGGACUUUUAUCUUUACUGUUUCUUGAUGAUCGUAGUCAGGUCUCUCUUCAGACGAUGCUUGUGGUUUCAUUUGAUAAGGCUGAUGGUUUAGAAAUUAUAUUUAGACUCCUUAAAGAUUUUUGGAACGAAGCAGAGGGAAUUAAAGCCCUUGAUGAAUUUUCAACCACGAUUGAGGCCGAUGAUAAAACGAAAGAAAAACUUUCCCGAAUUCAUGGAUGCAUUGAAGCUAUUCUGCAUUUCUUCCAAUUUGUCGGAUCAUCUAAAUUAUUGCAUGAUUCAGCUCAGACAGUACCUCUGACUACAAAAGAUAGAGAUUCACGUAAUGGUCCAUUCGAUCCAUUUGAAUUUCUUGUAAAUAUUCGAGCCAAAAUUCUUCCAGUAAUCAAAGAUCUUUGGAAAAGUCCAUAUCUCCCUAAAGCACCCCCAAAUAUUAUUCGUUCCGUAAUUCAAAAUCUAGUUCAAACUUUAAAAGCUGAAGGUGAAGUUAAUCAACGUCCUGAGGGAUCAAGUUCAAGUGGCGGUUUAGCUUCAGUUGCUUCCGUAUUUGGUGCAACAAGGUCUCUCGUUCCCGAUGAAGAUAGAGUACGACAAUUGAUUGAUAUGGGUUUCCUUCGUUCAGCAGCCGAAACUGCGCUUAUAAGGUGUAAUAAUCAUGUGGCAACUGCUGCCGAGUAUUUGGUAACACAUCCACAAACAGUUGCUGAUGCUGUCUUUGCGGAAGAAGCAAUUCGAGAUUCAACAGCAAAUUCUGUCACUGGAGACGCAGCAAAUAUCAGUCAACAAAAUAUUACUUCAGGUGAGGAUGAAGAAACAUCUGAUGAUGAUGAUGAAGGUGGUUCUACUGAUCAGUUAGAACAAGCUCUCGCUUUAUCAAUGCAAGGCAAUCCUCCACCUGAAGAAAAUGCCAGUACGAGAGAAACAUCUGUACCAAUGGAAACAUCUGUACCAAUGGAAACAGAAUCUACUACACCAAAGAAACUUGACAAAGGAAAGGCAAAGGAAGUUCCAUCAACCGAAAGUUUUAAGGAUCUUCGGGCUACACUUAAAUCUGUCGCCGCGGUUCGUGCAAUUGAACUUUUAGAUCAAGUAGAAGGGAUCAUUUUUGAAGUUAAAGAUUUACUUGUUCUUUUAAGCAAAGAGAAUGCAGAAAAAACUAUUGAAAUAGUAAUAAAAUACAUUGAAUCAAUAAGAGCGCAUACAGAUGAACAACGUAAAAAGGUUUUAAGCUCACAUUUGAGGCUAUUGGCUCUUUUAUUAAAUGAUACAAGUAUACAAGGCAAGAUUCCUCAUUUACCAUUUAACAUUUUUACGGAUAUGUUACAUAUGGUUUCUGAGCAGAUUGACUUGUCUCCUGAGAUACCUUUACCAAAGUGGUUGGCUCCGGCUUUGUUAGUGGUUGAGGCCUUCAUAUCAUUAGCUGAUGAACCCACAACAGUUGAAUUAAAAACUAAGCCUGAAGAAAUUAAAGAAACCGAAGACACAAUUAUGGAAUCUAGUAAUCCAACAGAUUCACAAAGAUUGGAACUUCUCGAUUAUUGCAUAUCAUUAUUCAAAAGAAAAGAUUUAGAUAAGGAUAUCACCAAUGCAUUACUUCGAAUCCUUGUGCGUAUUACUCGUCGGCAUUCAGAUGCAAUAGAAUUUGUAAAUAAAGAUGGUUUGGCAACUUUAAUUAAUGCAUUUAAACCAAAAGCACAUGAUUUCCGUGGGCAACAGAUCUUUAUUGUAAUGAUAUUAAGACAUGUAAUUGAAGAUUCUUCCGUAUUAGAAGCAAUUAUGGAUCGAGAAAUUAGAAAUUGUUUAACAAAUCCACGCCCUCGUUCCAUCGAUAUCAAUGGAUACCUACGGAAUACUGCACAAUUUGCUCUACGAAAUCCUGAUCUAUUUAUUAAAUCUACUAAAAAACUCUGUCACUUAUCAAGAUAUGACCCAAGUGGGCGUAAUCAACAGAUAAGUUUAAUAAAGCAAGAACAUGAUUCCGGAAAUGCCGAAAACAAAGAUACAAUGAUUAAUGAAGAAGAAAUGACAGAUGCAGCUUCAUCUACAUGUCCUUCUAUAGGAAAAAUUUCAUUUAGUUCUGAUAUGGCUGAAACUCUUAUUCAAUUUAUUGCAAAUGAAUUAAUCUCAAUUCGAAGUCAUAUUAGUACAGAUACUAAACCAACAGUUGAAACGACAACAGAAAAGGCGCCUUCUGAAAAUGUCAAUAUGGAUCAUACAAAUAAUACGAAUUCUAUAGAAAAUACAAUCAUCACUGCAAUUGGUGGAAAUUCCCAAACUACACAAACCACAUUUAAACCUGAAGAACAUUUAGAUUACUUAUGUCGUUGUUUCUUACUCCAAUGUUUAACCGAACUCUUGUCAUCAUAUCCUUCUUGUAAAGUUGAAGUAAUGAACCUUUCACGUCGAAGAAACAGUAUGGGACAUGGAAAUCAAUUAAAAUUAAAAACCCCACUGUUGAAUUAUCUUUUAACCGAGUUAUUACCAUAUGGUUGUAUCACACCAUCAAGUGAUAUUGAAAUCCGAAAACGUUAUGGACAAUCGAAAUGGACAACCUCAGUUUUAGUAGCAUUAUGUUCAAACAUAAGUAAUGGUCCAGAAGAUAAAAAACCUCAACCAGAACUCGUUCAAGUUAGAAAAUUUGUUAUAGAUAAUAUCAUUCGUUCAUUCAAAAGUGCCAUUUCCUCUUCUGACCCAAUAGAGGCUAAGUAUGGUAGACUUUUGGCUUUAGCAGAGUUAUGUUAUGCUAUUCUGACGGCACGUACAAGUACAAAUAAUAAUGCAAACAAACCUGUCGAAGAUGGUCACGCUAGCAUUGCUAAAAUUAUGUUGGAUAAAAAUUUUGUAAAUACUUUAACGGAUGCUCUUGCUGAAGUUGAUCUAAAUUACCCUUCAGCGAGAAUAUUGAUAAAUGCCUUAUUAAAACCUUUCGAGUUUCUUACGAAGGUUGCUAUCAAAUUGGGUCGAUCUCCUGAACCUGAAAAAGUUGAAAAAAAUAAACGUCGUGAAAGUAUUUCAUCCAUUUCCACACCUUCUGCUGAUGAAAUGGAACCAGAAGAAUCAGAAGAAGCACCUGACCUAUAUGCAACUUCUUCACUAGGUGCUCUUGAAGGAAGAACGGUAGAUAGUGAUGAAAUGGAUGAUGAAAGUAUAGAUUCAUCAGAUGACGAACAAAGAUAUGACGCCGAAUUUGAUGAAGAAAGUGAUCAAAAAAAUGAAGGUGAAGAUAACCAUCAUGAACAAGAGAAUAACCGAGAAGUUAGUGGCGAUAAUGAUCAAGAAAUGUGGGAUGUUCACGAUCAAGUUAUGAUAGAACAUGGAGAUAUUGCUGAAGAAGUUAUUGAUAGUAGUGAAGGAGGACAUAUUCACCGACAUCGCCGUCUUGACAGAUAUGGAGGUCGUCCAGGUCGUACUUUAUUUAGCUUUGGAAACCGAAGACAUCGCCAUCUUCCUGGUCGAAGAAACCUUAUAGAAGUUCCUCAAGAUGGUCUUGAUUAUGUAAUUGGAGAUCCUGUUGGUUAUGGAUUUAAUUUUGGUACAAAUGAAGAAGUAGAUAUUCCAGGAUUAGGACGAAAUCGACCUCUAACAAGCACAAACGACGAAGUUACUACUCACCCCCUACUAGUUAAUCGAUCACCAGCCGUUCCUUCAGUGACCGCUAACGAACUUACUAGAGGAAGAAAUAUUCGCAAUGGACCUUUAGGUGAUUGGACUCAAUCAAUUGAAGAAUUAAUCGGAGGUGGUGCUGUUCAGUUAUUAGAACAAUUACUUACUAGAAGUCGUGGUUUAGGCCAUUCAACAUACCGACUUGAACUUAACACAUCAUCGCCCGCAUUGGUAAGCAACAUUGAAGUCGAUCGGGUCUUCCCAAGAUCUCUUUCGACGUCUCAAGAUUCCCACAACGUAACUGUUCCCAGUGAUCCAAUUACUGCUGUACAAGAAUUUAUGCCACAUUCUACUUCUCAACGUUGGUAUGACGAAGCUCGAAUGAUGUACGCAGAAACGGAAGAAACUUCCGAAACCCAAGUUACAGUCGAACAAACAAUGAAUGAAACAAUGAAUGAAACAAUGAAUGAAUCAAUGAAUGAAUCAAUGAAUGAAUCAAUGAAUGAAUCAAUGAAUGAAUCAAUGAAUGAAUCAAUGAAUGAAUCUGAAGAAGUUGUUGAAAUUACAGAAGUAACAGAAAUAGUUGAUUUACCAGAUGUCAUGCAAGAAGACGCCCCAAUAGUUGAACAAGAAAUUCUAAUAGAAUCUUCGGCAAUGGAGGAAGAACCAACUCCUGCGGUGGACCUCACUAUGGAUGAAGAUGUAUCUACUACAUCAGCCGUUGCCGGUUCAUCACAAGCGGCGGCAAGUGAAAACGCGGUAGAAGCUUCAGAAGAAACUCAAGUCGCUAGAACUACUGUCGUAAUCAAUGGUCAAACAGUAGAUAUCACAGAUACUGGAAUUGAUCCAACUUUCCUUGAAGCAUUACCUGAAGAACUAAGAGAGGAAGUUCUUAACCAACAUUUACCACCCGAAAGACGUAAUAGAAAUCCCGUCCCAAGUGGACCAGGUGGACCGGGUGAACCAAUCAGUUCAGAAUUUUUAGCUGCUUUACCCGAUGAUUUAAGAGAAGAAAUUAUGCAACAAGAAGAAGCUUUUGAACAAGAAAGGUUAAAUCGUCACCGACCAACAACAGAACCGGCCGCUACAGAUAUGGAUGCAGCAAGUUUCUUUGCUUCAUUAGAUCCCCAACUUCGUCAAACCGUACUUCUUGAACAAGAUGAGAUGGUUCUUGCCUCAUUACCUCCUGCCAUAGUUGCUGAAGCCAAUGCACUUCGAGAAAGAGUUAGUCGAAGAUACACAAAUGCGGUUAGAACUCGGACAUUACCAAGUUCUUCUACACCACAAAUACAUGCACCUAAAAAACCUACAACUCAACGUGACGCAAUGAAACUCGUGGAUUCUACAGGAUUGGCUACAUUAGUUAGAUUGUUGUUCUUACCUCAACCUUUAGGAAACAAAAAUUUGUUACUCAAGUUAUUGCUCAAUCUUUGUGAAAAUAACAAAUCACGUGGAGAACUUAUCACAAUGCUUCUUUCAGUUUUAUAUGAAGGAAGUGGGGAUGUAUCAGCAGUUGAUAAAAGUUUCGCACAAAUGUCUCUAAGAGCAAAAGGGACAACAAAAGGAACUCCCAAAAGACAACAAAGUUUACCAAAUUCUUCUCUUGCACAAAUAACUCAAGCAGCGGGAGAAAAUGUACCUAAUUUAAUAGCACAGCGAUGUUUAGAAGCAUUAACAUAUAUAGUUAACUAUAAUGAAGCAUCAGUUAACUAUUUCUUGAUGGAACAAGAAAAUAACAUUGGUCUUAAAAGAUCGAAUAGUCGUAAAGGCAAAGAAAAACAAUCAAAAAUAAUAAGUAAAUAUCCAGUAGUUAUAUUAUUAAGCUUACUCGAUCGACCAGUUUUCUUAAAAAAUACUGCAUUGAUGGAUCAAUUAAUGCAUUUACUUUCAUUUGCUUUACGUUCUCUGUCGACUAUGGCUAAAAGUGAAAUUUUAAAACCUUCAGAAGUUAUGAAACCUCCAGUAAUUCCCGAAUAUUGUUUGCGCCUAGUAGUAAACGUUUUAACUGCUGGUGAAUGCACUAGUAAUACAUUCAAAUAUACAUUGUCAGUAAUUCAACAUCUUUCAACUCUAAAAGGUGCCAAAGAUGUUAUAACAUCAGAAUUAGUUGAAAGAGCACAAUCACUUGGAAAUGAUAUAUUAGAUGACUUGGAUGAAUUGGAUAGGAUAUUAUCUAAAGCGGAUAGUGGUGUAGAUGUUCAAGGUGUGACUUUAGCGAAGUUUUCACCCUCAUCUUCAAAACAAGCGAAAUUACUUCGUGUCCUUAAAACAAAUGAUUAUAUGUAUUCCCGAAAACAAUCAAGUUCUACAUCAAACACUCAAGUUUCAUUAGCUCCUACAGUAGAUCCGGAUGAAGUAGAUAGUGCUGUUCCACGAACAUUAGAUAAUAAAAAUAAUAAAUUAACGGAGGAUGAAGAGAAAGUUAUGAAAAUAUAUGAUAGUCUUAAUUUCUCAGAACUUUGGAAAAAAUUAGGUAGAUGUUUGACAACAAUACAGGAAAAAUCAGACAUGAUACAUGUAGCGACCGUACUUUUACCACUUAUUGAAUCACUAAUGGUUGUAUGCAAAUAUGUUGGAAUGACACCAUCUACAACUCAAAAUAUAACAUCAUCUAUUUCCUCAGAAAAUAGGGAAAGUAAAGAGGAAUUAUUCUUUACCUUUACGGAAGAUCAUCGCAAAAUACUAAAUACAAUGGUUAGAAACAAUCCUUCAUUAAUGAGUGGAUCAUUUUCAUUGCUUGUACAUAAUCCUAAAAUUCUUGAAUUCGAUAACAAGAGAAAUUAUUUCAAUCAACAAUUACAUAAGAGAAGUCCAGUUCGAGAUCAUUAUAGUACUUUACAACUUAAUGUUAGAAGACAAUACGUAUUUGAAGAUUCAUUCCAGAACUUGCAAAGAAGAACCGGAGAUGAGAUUAAAUAUGGUAAAUUAAGUGUUCGUUUCUAUGAGGAAGAAGGUGUGGACGCAGGUGGUGUAACGAGAGAAUGGUUCCAAGUUCUGGCCAGACAAAUGUUCAACGAAGAUUAUGCACUAUUUAAAACAUCAGCAGCAGAUAGACUUACAUAUCAACCAAAUAGAGCUUCAGGAGCAAACCCCGAACAUUUAUUAUUCUUCAAAUUUGUUGGUCGAGUUAUAGGUAAAGCAAUUUAUGAUGGAAGACUUUUGGAUGCAUACUUUACACGUUCAUUCUAUAAACAUAUACUCGGAAAAGCUGUUGAUUAUCGAGAUGUAGAAGCUAUUGAUUUAGGUUAUUAUAAUAGUUUAGUAUGGAUGUUGAAUAAUGAUAUCACGAAUGUUAUGGACUUGACAUUUAGUGUUGAAACGGAUGAUUUUGGUCAAAAGAAAGUCUUUGAUUUGAAACCUAAUGGAAGGAACAUCCCUGUCACGGAAGAAAACAAACGUGAAUACGUUACACUUGUCACUGAACAAAAACUUACAUUAGCUAUUAAGGAUCAAAUAGAGAAUUUCCUUGCCGGAUUUCAUGAAGUUAUUCCUGCACAUUUGAUCAGUAUUUUCAAUGAACAAGAAUUAGAAUUGUUAAUUUCAGGAAUGCCGGAUAUUGACAUAGAUGAUUGGAAGAAUAACACAGAAUAUCAAAAUUAUACAGCUUCUUCACCUCAGAUUCAAUGGUUCUGGAGAGUUGUAAGAAGCUUUAGUCAAGAAGAAAGAGCGAAACUCUUACAAUUUGUUACUGGCACAUCUAAAGUGCCAUUAGAAGGAUUUUCUGCAUUACAAGGUGUUCAUGGUGUUCAAAAGUUCCAAAUUCAUAAAGAUUUUGCAAAACCAGAUCGUCUUCCUUCUGCUCACACAUGUUUCAAUCAACUUGAUAUUCCCGAAUACGAAGAUUAUGAGCAAUUAAGAAAACAAUUAUUACUGGCAAUCUCUGAAGGAACAACUGGAUUUGGUUUCCAAUAA